GCCAUCUUUUGCCAUUCAGUCCUUAUAUGGUCAGUGACGUCACGGCACAUUGAUAGGCUCACCAUAAAUACAUACUACCACUAGCAGCUCCGCAAGGAUCUGUCAUUCAAGAGCAUUGAGCAGCCAGAUGCUAUCAGAGAGUUUGUGACAGCCCUCCACAUGUAACGUUUUCAAAGUUUGAGAGAAGCAGAAGUCGUUCGCACAGGCACAAACACUUUGUGAUCAUUCGAACGAGUGCUACCGAAAACUGAAAGAUGACAGCUAAAACUUUGGAGAAAGCCCCCGUAACUCUUGGUGGCUUUGUGCAUCCUCUCUCCGAAAGCAUCUACUCAGUGGACGAUAUUGCGACAUCACUGCCAGCAUCUGUGACUAUAUUUCCAAAUGGUGAUUUAGGAGGACAUUACGAGCAGAUUAACGGGCCGUCGGGAGAUGGAUUGAUCGGCGGUGACAUGAGCACAGAUAAGCGAUCUCUCGACCUGUCUUAUCCCAGCAGUUUCGGGCAACCAGCUGGCCAUCGCAACCAAACUUUUACCUAUAUGGGAAAGUUUUCUAUUGACUCUCAGUACCCAGGAAACUGGAACCCAGAGGGCGUUAUCAACAUCGUGAGCGCGGGGAUCCUGGGCAUGACCCAGCCGUCUUCUGCAUCCUCCUCACCUGCAUCCUCGGUCUCCCCAGGCCACUUCUCCAGUACUAUAAGCUGCACGAUGGCGCAAAACCAGUCCGAAAUGGACCACAUCUACUCUCCCCCACCACCCUACUCCGGAUGCGGGGAGGUCUAUCAAGACCCAUCGGCAUUCCUCUCCACAUCCACCUGUCCCAUCUCCUAUCCUCCGCCGUCCUACUCAUCCCCAAAACCAAACGGAGACUCGGGGCUGUUCCCCAUCAUCCCGGACUACGCCGGGUUUUUCCAGCCCCCGUGCCAGAGGGACAUGCAGUCAAUGCCCGAUCGCAAACCGUUUUCGUGCCCGCUGGAGUCAUUCAGGGUUCCUCCUCCGCUAACGCCCCUGAACACGAUCAGGAACUUCACACUGGGCGGACCGGUGUCCGACGGACCCAGGCUACCCACAGCCUACAGCCCGCAAAAUUUACCCCUCAGGCCCAUUCUGCGCCCGAGGAAAUACCCCAACAGACCGAGCAAGACUCCCGUUCACGAGCGCCCGUACCCCUGCCCGGCGGAGGGCUGCGACAGGCGCUUCUCCAGAUCUGACGAGCUCACCAGACACAUUCGCAUCCACACUGGCCACAAACCCUUCCAGUGUCGGAUAUGCAUGAGGAACUUUAGCCGCAGCGACCACCUGACGACCCACAUCCGCACGCACACAGGCGAAAAGCCGUUCGCCUGCGACUUUUGCGGGAGAAAGUUUGCGCGGAGCGACGAAAGAAAGAGACACACGAAAAUCCACCUGCGACAAAAAGAGCGAAAAUCCUCCGCGUCCACCAGUUCAGAGCGCACCAUCACCAUGGGCUCAUCCACGGGCAUCUGUUCGUCCACUUCAAGCCAGUAGACUUCCAGCUGGACUGUGCAAUAACCAACACUAUUUAGGCAAUAGUCAAAGUGACAAUAAUAACGGACCAUUAUUAUAAUAUAUUAAAACUGGGUGGACUGAUGUGUAGUGAUUUCAAACCACAGUGCCAAAAGCCACGGAGACGCAUUUUGCGCACUUUAAUAGUGGUGCGUUUAUUUCUUGCUACAUUUAUUUUUGCAUCAGUGGAAUGAUGACUGACCAAACGCACUUUGUUUGAAUAUUUAGGUGACUUAAUAAUUUAAUAUAAAAUAACUUUAAACCGCACGUGGGAGUAUUGUGCCAUAUAGACACCAGGGCAUGAGUUGAGUGGCUAAACUUAAAUGAGUGCUGAAAGAGCACAUUUCAAAAUUUCUUCUGGUAAAAUAAACUUUGUCCAUUUUAAAUUCAUACAUCAUUACAGUUGGGAUGUAGCCUACUAUUGAUUUAUAAAUAAGAUUGUUUUGACUCAUGUAAUGUGUUUCUUUAACAAGGUGGUUAACAUGACUAUUUCUCCCGUUGUCGUGCCUUUCGCCCGUUCAUCUUGUACAUAAACCCUGAACUUUGAAUUAAAUUGUACAUUAUCCUUUAAUAUGAAAGCUUUCGAAGAUAUAUUUUUGUACAAAUUGUUUCGUGUCAAGUGUUUUGUGGUUAAAAAAAGACUGUAAAUAGCUAAACUCAUAGCGACUUGACGUUUGUUCUGUGAUUGUUUUGACUGAUAUAAAUGUAUUUGUUAUGAUAUGACUAAUACAUGAAAAUAAUAAACAC